CACGAUCUAUACUUGAGAGCGAAAUAUUUGGAACCUGGAAGCCUCAAACGCACUGUCACUCACGCGUAUAUAGGUUGCAUAAACUUUUCUGUUGUUGUGUUGCUAUUCAUUGAGCUCAAACAAUGGCGAAAAUCUCCUUCAUUUUCGUCUCUCUGGUUGCAUUUUGGUACAUCAUACUCACAGAUGGUGCUCAACUUAUUGUAGUGAACAACUGUGGGGAAAGUGUGUGGCCAGGGAUACUUGGCGGUGCAGGGCAGCAAAGUCCAAAAGAUGGUGGGAUGCAUCUUGGGAGUGGUGAAGAAAUUGUGCUUGACGUACCAGAAAAGUGGUCAGGGAGAAUUUGGGGUAGGCAAGGUUGUAGCUUUGACAGUGAUGGAAAUGGGCACUGUGUCACUGGUGACUGCAAUGGGAAGCUGCAUUGUAGAGGGCAAGGAGGAUUGCCACCUGCAACAGUGGUGGAAAUGACCCUUGGAUCCUCCUCCUCCCCUUUGCACUUCUAUGAUGUGAGUUUGGUGGAUGGCUUCAAUUUGCCAGUUUCCAUGAAGCCCAUUGGGGGUGGAGUUGGGUGUGGAGUGGCAUCUUGUGAAGUGGAUUUGAAUAUUUGCUGUCCAUCAGCACUUGAGGUGAAGAGAAAUGGCAGAGUUGUGGGGUGUAAAAGUGCAUGCUUGGCUAUGCAAUCAGCUAAAUAUUGCUGCACAGGGAAUUAUUCUGACCCAAAAACUUGCAAGCCUACUCUUUUUGCUCAUCUCUUUAAGGCUAUAUGUCCUAAGGCUUAUAGUUAUGCAUAUGAUGACUCUAGCAGCCUUAACAGAUGCAGGGCUCCAAGAUAUGUUAUCACCUUCUGCCCUCCUCCACUGUAAAGGGAUUCAUGAUGACAAAACUGAAGUUGAAGCUGCUGUUGGAGAAUUGCAAAGAUCAUCAGUUAUCUGUGAAGAACUGUUUUCUGAAUAUUUUAGUUCUGUUUUUUAAUCUUCAAUUGUCAUAGUUAUCUCUUUUUUAGAGUCUUAAUAGUCAUUGUUCUUUGCCAUCAAGGUAGUUGAAACAAAGGGUAGAUUGAUAAAAACAAUAUUUCACA